GUGGCUUAACUAGGGACAAAAAACCUUGUAACACUACUGUAAAACUAAUUUCCUUUGGUUGACAUUGCAUGUGUGUGCCUGCAGUAAUACCGCCUCUGCCUCCCUAACUCAUUAGACAUGGAGGACUCUUCCAAGUCCCUGUGGUGUUUGUGAAACACGCUCUAAAAAUUAAGUGUUAACAGUGGUGCUACAUUUCAACCAGGAUUCGACAACAGCAAGACACAAAAUGAAAUUGCUUUGAGCCACUGUUAAGUUUUGAAAAGAACACGGGGUAAUUGUUCUGAUGAGCAUCAUAGUAAGAGGUAAUUGUGAGAGGGUAAGGGGUGAGAAGUGUUACGGAUGCGAGGAGGGGAAGUGUGUGAGUGUAUUUGAGAGAGGGAAAGGGAGAGAGAGAGAGGGAAAGAGAGAGAGAGGGAAAGGGAGCGCGCGAGGGAGAGGGAUACGACAGUCAUUUCGGAUCUCGCCGACCUCAAACCAAGAGUAGGCUAAACACCAGAGGAGCGCAAGAUCGUCAACACAGGGCUUCCACUGAAGACUUUGGGAGUCCCACAGCUUAUGUACACUGUAUGAAUGUUUAUGGGUGAGAAAAUAAAGAAAAUUCGAAAGAAGAGUGGUGAAAUACUAUCAAACUUUAAUGACCCAUGGACUGUGUAAGAGAAUUACAAUGAGAUCACGGGAAGAGAGCAGUACAAGGAAAGAGAUGCGGGAGAGAGGAUGAAAGAGGGAGUCAACCAUUCGUCACCAGGCUCUGUCUGAUUGCAUCACCUGUAGCCAUCUUCCUGAGAAGUGAGACAGCCUUGUAAUAUGAGCUCCUGGGCGGUGCUGCUUCUCGUUGGCCUGUUUAUGUGUUCGGAGGUUGGGGGGGACGACUCAGUGCCCCUGGCCGUGAGCAAACGGUCCCGCGUGCAAGUGACUGAGGCCGAGCUGAAAACUGAGGCAGAGCUGAAAACUCAGGCCGAACUAAGAGGUUUAGGCUACGGACAAAAUGAAAACUUCUCAGCACAUCUCAAAGACUUGGCCAAUCGUAGCCCAGGGGCGGAAGUGGAGUCAAGGGCCCGUGAAAUUGAGGCGCGAGUUAAGCUUUUGUCAGAGAACUCGGACGGCUCUCCGGGAUAUCCUGCUCGUGCAGACUUUUCACCUCACAAUGAAACAUCAAACGGGAGCUUGCGUCCGACCCAAUCAGAGAGACCUCUAGGCUCCAACCUUCAAAUCAGAGAAACCCCAGCAUCCCCCGCUUCAGCACAAGGGGCCUCGGGAGACCCACUGGGUUAUAAAACAUCAGCAAGUCAAAGUGGAUUAGCAGAUGAUGUCCUUGCAACACCCCAAAUCCCCUCAGAUUCCACAAGCGGAGACGACAUGGCAACAGGCAGUCACAUUCUCAGCCUGUGGCCCGAGGCGGGUGGGGAUGCUGAGGAGACAGUCGGCCCUGGGGUGGGCCCCUCAUCCACAGACAGCAGUGGGAGUGGCAGCAGCAGCGCAUGGCACAUGGUCUUUACGAAGCUGGCCGAAGGAGUCGGCCAGGGUGAGCCCCGGUCGCGGGGAAGAAGGAGCUGGACCUGGAACCAGUUCUUCGUGAUCGAGGAGUACAGCGGGCCGGAGCCGGUGCUGAUCGGACGGCUUCACUCAAGCGUGGACAAGGGUGAUGGGAGCACAAAGUACACUUUGAAAGGGGAAGGGGCGGGGUCAGUGUUCGUGAUUGACGGGCGGACUGGCAACAUUCAUGUAACGAAGCCCCUGGACCGUGAGGAGAAGGACCAGUAUCGACUUAUUGCCACGGCAACUGACCAUCAGACUGGACGUGCCCUGGAGCCAUCUUCCCAGUUCAUCAUACGCGUACAGGACAUCAACGACAACUCGCCUGUGUUUCUGGAUGGGCCAUACAGUGCCACCGUACCAGAGAUGGCCAAUAUCGGUACAUCUGUCAUCCAGGUAACAGCAACAGACGCAGAUGACCCUACGUACGGAAACAGUGCUAAACUGGUGUACACUCUUACUCACGGCCAUGAGUAUUUCUCAGUGGAUCCCCAGACAGGUAUCAUCCGCACCGCUGUGCCAGAGAUGGACAGGGAGACGCAGGACCAGUACCACGUCGUCCUCCAGGCCCGAGACAUGGGGGGCCACCAGGGGGGGUUGACGGGCACCACCACUGUCACCGUUCACCUGAGCGACGUCAACGACAACCCUCCCCGCUUCGCUCACAGCGUGUGGUCCUUUUCGGUGUCUGAGCUGGCGAUACCAGGGGUGGAGGUCGGGCAUCUCUCGGCGACAGACGCUGAUCUGGGGGAGAAUGCCAAGCUGGAAUAUACCAUUGUGGACGGCGAUGGAGAGGACACAUUCAACAUUACUGGACUAAACCAAGAGGCUGUCAUAUUACUAAACAAGGCGCUGGAUUAUGAGAGGCGCAGCUCCUACUCUCUCACAGUGGAGGUGCAGAACCCCACCGUCGACACUCGCUUCCUGCGGAGGGGCCCCUUCAAGGACCGGGCCAUCGUCCAGGUGUCCGUCCUGAAUGCAGACGAGCCGCCGCGCUUCUCCCGCUCACGCUACCGGCUGGACGUGACGGAGAACUGCCCCCCCGCCUGCGCCGUCGGCCGAGUGGCCGCCGUGGACCCGGACACGGGACAGAGUAGCAACAUCAGGUAUUCCAUUGACCCCGAGUCCGACCCUGAAGCCCUAUUCCGCAUCGCCCCGGACCAUGGCCUCAUCACCACGACAAUGGAGCUGGAUAGGGAGCGAGAGCAGUGGCACAACAUCACCGUCAUAGCAACACAGAGAGACAACCCCAGCCAGGUGACCAGAGUCAGUGUCGCCAUCGAGACGCUGGACCUGAAUGACAACGCCCCCGAGUUGGACAGGCAGUACUCGGCAGCGGUGUGCGACUCCAGCAGCCCUGGACAGGUAGUGCAGGUGCUGCAUGCAGUAGACAGAGACCAAGGCGGCAGCGAUUCACCCGUGCAGUUCAGCAUUCCCCCGGGAUCCAGCGCGGCUCUCAACUUCAGCAUCAGAGAGAGGGGAGGUCCCGUAGCCAAUCUGGUGCUCCUGACAGCCCUGAGGCCCCUCUCCAGCUCCUCCUCCUCCUCCUCUUCGUCCUCCUCUUCGUCUUCCUCUUUACACACCCUGAGAGUCCCCGUCGUCACGCAGGACGGCACGUCCGACCUGAGCAGCACGGCCACGGUCACCGUGGUGGUCUGCCCCUGCCUGAGAGGGGGCAUGUGGGUGGAGGAGAAGAAGUGGCAGGCCAAGAGCGGCGAGAAGCUGAGGCCUCCGCUGCUGCCGCCGGCGGCCACCGAGUGGGAGAGGCAGACGGUGUGCCUGCCCGUGCCCUCCGCCUCCCCGCUGCUGGGGUUCAGCUCGGCAGCCAUGCUGGCCGUCCUGGGCUGCGCCACCACUCUCCUGGUGGUAGCAGCUUUCGCCCUAUCCCUGCGCCGACAGAAGAGGGACGUCCUCUCCCCCACGGAGGAGGACGAGAUUCACGAGAACAUCAUCACCUACGAUGACGAGGGGGGAGGGGAGGCCGACACGGCCGCCUUCGACAUCGUGGCGCUUAAGAGCGCUCCACACAGCGCGCUCAAGGGCCACCGACUCCUAGAUAGCAGGAGCAUGUACUCCCAACAGAACCUGGAUAGAACCUACAGCUGGGGCCAGAACGCAAGCAUGGAUCACCGCCGCCCUGGAUCCGCCCCGAUGUAUGGGCGGUUCUGCUACAGCAUCCAUACUCUGCCCGUCAUCAAAAACAACCACGGUCCGUUCAACACGGGUAUCGACUUGGCUAAAUUGCCUUACGGCCUCACUGGCAACCGGACUGAACAGACAAUGGUCAUCCAGACUCAGGGCAACUACGGCCCACUGGAGCCUGGUUCUGUCUGUGUCAGACCAGCGGGCCCUAGCAGCCAGGACGGGUCAGAACACAAGGCGGCGGACGGGUCCACAGACAGCAAUCCCAAAGAGAGUGAGGGAGGGAGUGAAGCCACCUCUGAUAGCCAGAUCAUUAACCACGAUCAGCUCUCGGAUCAAACUCUAAUUCUGACGAGCUCCAGCCGGAGUGGCUCCUGUGUCGAGAACACCAGCGUCUCCUCCCUGAGCCAGCUGGAGGCCUCUCCGCAGUGCAUAGACACGACGACGUCGAGCUCUCCUCUGCCGCCGCCACCGACCACCGACGCGUCCUCAAAGGCCACGGGCCCCGACAAAUACACAGACAAUAUCAUCCCUACCCACGCCACCCUGAACCCCGAAGAGAUUGAGAAGCAACAUCGAACAAUGGAGGGCACCCUGUACAGAGGGGGACGGAUCCCCGCCACUAGCACUCCUGCGUACUCGGAGAAAGUGGGCAUGCUAAGUGUGUUUGCCGUUGGCGGAAGGGACUAUGCCCCACAGUUAAUGGUGCCAUUCCCUGGUGGAAUGUUAGGGUAUGGAGCAGGAUGGGGCUUGGGCAGGGGCAUGGCUGCCGCUAAAGGCGGCGACAACACUAGCUCGGAUUUGACAAAUAGGAUGGGAGAUUUCCUUCAGCACCGCUUGGCUCAGGUAACCUUUGACCCCUUACAGCCACCGUACGAUUCUGUGCAAACGUACGGCUUGGAGGGAAGCGGCUCGCAAGCAGGGUCCCUAAGCUCCUUAGAGAGCGAGGGAGACAGGGAGAUCGAGAACGCCGGCGGUAUAGAGGAAUGGGGGCCGAAGUUCAACGGGCUGGUGGCAAUUUACAAAGAGAGGGAACAUGAAAAGGAGGAGGCGAAAAAAGCGAGGGAAAACGGGGACAUUAAAGAGGAGACAUCUAAAAGAGGUGAAACCGAGGAUUUGGAGGGGAAAGGACUUAAUGACAAACCAAAGGUGGAGGAGAUGGUGACUGAGGUGCAAAUGGAAGACAGUAGGAGCGAGGGAAUAGAACUUUAAAGGCAAGGAAGCAAGGCUGGUGAAAUGAAAGCGAGCGCGAGCGAGGGAGAGAGUGAGUGAGGGAGAGAGAGAGAGAGAGUGAGAGAAGGAGAGAGAGAAAAGAAAGGGAAAGAUUAAGGUAAAGGUGCACUGAGGUGAAGUUCUUCCAAAGGCAAUAAGUUUUGAAAUCUUUUGUGCAUAACUCAAGACCAAGGGAAUAUUUUAGACUUUAAUAUCGGUACCUUAGACAAGCACAGAAAGGUAUGCGAACGCAACCCACUCUCUCACACUCUAAUUUAGGGUACACCUUCCGAGUAACAGGUUCAUUCACUUCUAGACGUCUUCUGUAACAGCAAUGUGAAUAAUUCACUUUAGCACUCAAAGCCAAAGUUAUGAAACAUCUCAUUUCUGAAAUAUUGAUUUUGAUUCCCAGCAAGUUGCAUUGUUGGAAAAUAGGCCUCAUUAAAUAUGUAGGAUAUCUGACAUAUUAAUAUUGAUGUAUUAAUAAGAGUAUUCUCCCACCCCAGUCGAGAGAGUGCGUACAGGCUGAGAUGACUCAAUGACGGUCUAAAUCGGUGACAAUCGAAUUUGAAAUCACACAUCAGACACAGUCGCUCUCGCCAUUUCGUGCAUGGGUGACCAGAAUAUUGGCAGGGAGACUGUGUGCUGGUAAUUGUCCUCUAUCGUGUGCUGUGCUGUGCUGUGCUGUGCUAAUAGUCCUUCAGUGCAGACCACCAGACUGGUGCUUUACAGAAAGAGAACCACCUGGAAGUUGGCAUGUAGAUAUGGCACUUAUAGUUGUUGAUACAGUAGUCAAAUUGAUGACACACUAUGCAACUGUGACCCCCAUGAAAAUGAUGACCAUUUUGUAGUAAGAGCACCUGUGUUUUCCUAUUGUAGUCUCUGAUAUGGACUGUGUACUGUGUAUAUGUAAAUACAAAUCUUUUAAAUGCAAUGAUGACAUUGUGAUAAUAGAGCAGGAGGGAGAGAACAAAAGGGAGGGGGAAGUGUAUCUGUCGCUGUCUUUAAAUCGCAAGAUUACAUGUAGAAUUUAUACCACCAAAAAAAAAAUAUAUGCCACAUUGCAGAAUGGAUUUGAACUUUUUCUUUGUGGCUGAAUGAAGACCCGUUGUCAAACAAAACUCCAGUUUACUGUUGAAGUGUAAAGAACCAUUAGUCUAGAGGGUGUGAUGAGAAACAUGACUUCUUUGAGUAUAAUUAGGCUCAUCCAUCCCAUGGGCAAAACUAUCUAUUUACAAUCAAUAAGCUGUGACCAUUGCAUCUUUUUAUAUCUGUCAUUGCUGGAUCUCAUGUCAUUAUUCCCGAUGUUGUAACCCAAUCUCAAACCAUUCCUCUGUCAGUACCUUCAAGGCAAAAUAAAAUCUCUCAUCUUCUAUAACAAA